GCCGAUCCGCCGCCCCCAAAGCAUCUCCUUUGUAGCGCCUUAGGUGCCAGUGCGCUGGACGCGACCCGCUUUUAAGUUGGCGAGGAAGAUGGGGAGAAGGAGCUGAAGGCGCCCAGCCCGGGUGUGCGGCGCGCGGCUCUCCAUCUCCGGGAAGAUCCUUGCAGAAGCCGCUUGUGAGCCUGCCUUUGCGAAGCCGGUGCAGUGGAGGAUACUGUCCUGUUGCCGCUGUUGGAAUAAGAUUUGACAGCCAAUCCAUCAGUUUCUAGACAAAGAAUUGGGGAUGAACCUUCAUCUCAGGCAGUAGAAUAUCUUUGGCCAACCCUGAUGAAGGAAGUCUAAGAUCAGACGUCGUCUUCUGCCUUCAAAAGAAGGAUGCCUGAAGUGUUCUCAACCAAUGAUCCUCUUGCAGCAAGCUGGCCUUCCUCCUCCUCCUGAGACGGCUUCAGCUCUUCCUAUGUCAGUGGCCACCAGGCCCUCAGCCAACUUGUUACUCUCCCCACAGAAACCUCUAGGACUGGGGCCAUCUUUGCCACUUGCCCAAGAUGAGGAACCUGCUACAGGGGUGGAGCAGGACCCAGUGCUGGAGGAACUAUGUAAGCCUUUAUGCUGCAGGCUUUGCAAUGUCACCCUGAAUUCUGCACAGCAGGCCCAGGCUCAUUAUCAGGGUAAAAACCACAGCAAGAAGCUUCGGAAUUACUAUGCUGCCAAUAGCUGUCCAGCACCUACCAGAAUGAGCAACUCGCUUGAGCCAGCCACAAAUCCAGCAGUGUCACUUCCAUCACAGGGGGCCUCCUCGAAACCAGGGGGGCGCGUGAUCCUGGCCACAGAGAAUGACUACUGUAAAUUGUGCGACGCUUCGUUCAGUUCGCCGGCUGUGGCCCAGGCCCACUAUCAAGGGAAGAAUCACGCCAAGAGGCUGCGUCUGGCUGAAGCACAGAACAACUCAUUCUCGGAGACAUCAGAUGUGGUAGGCAAAAGGAGGGUGCGGAAGGAAGGAGGCGAAUACAAGAUGAUGCAGAACAGAAGAAACAUAUAUGCUGUCCAGAACAACACAGGGCCCUAUUUCAACCCGCGCUCCCGCCAGCGGAUUCCGCGGGACCUUGCCAUGUGCGUCACCCCCAGCGGCCAGUUCUACUGCUCCAUGUGCAACGCCGGCGCCGGAGAGGAGGUGGAGUUCCGGCAGCACCUGGAGAGCAAGCAGCAUAAGAGCAAAGUGUCCGAACAGCGGUAUAAGAACGAAAUGGAGAACCUCGGAUAUGUACAAUGAGACGCGUGACCUGCCAGCAGCAGCUUCUCUUUUCACCCCAGCAGCCCCCCAGUAGGGAGCAGCUCCUUUCUCCCGCUGCUUGCCAUGCGCCCUGCUUUUGUGCUCUGUGCCUUAGGAGGCCUGUCCCCCAGCGCUCUUGUGUUUUUUAACAACCCGCAAAGCUAACAGCAAAGUAGGUGAAAUCAUAAAGGUGGGUUUUUCUGUUUUGGUUUUAACUUUGCUCCCACUCGGCAGGAAUAUGCGCUGUAGGAUGCCAGGUGUUCUUCUUGUGUUUGUGCAUUAGCCAAGGCUCUUCACUGCCUCCAGAGGGGACCCUGCCUUCCUCCUUCCCCACUGCCCUUGUGCUCCCCUUUGCAUGAGCGAACUUGGCCGGAGGUGCACCAGAGCCAGAGAGAGGCAGGCCAAGCCACGCCAUCUCCCCCACACCACCUCCCCAUGGCGUUGUUCCAUGGCAGAAAGGGCAGCCUGGGGAGUGCAGAGCUGCUGAAAGAGACUUUCAGGGGGUCUGUAGCUCAGUGGGGGGCACAAGCCUCAUGUGUCAAAAGUCCCAGGUCUAAUCCCAAGUACCUCUGUUUUCAGAAAAGGCUCUUGGAUAGGAAGACAUGGGAAACCUCUGGCUGGGGCUUUGGCAAGCCUUUGCUGGACGGAAUUGUUCAACACUAGGUUGAACCAGAGGACUAAACAACUCUCAAUAAUGUUUUGAAGGUUCUACCGGUUAAAGGAGUAAGAGGGUGGUUUGAAUGAGUGCUUGGGUAGACCUCUUGAAAGUCAGGAAUGGGAAACUUCAGGUCUGGAGACCAACUCCAGCCCUCUGGGGGUUCCUAAAAGGCCGUACUCCCUUCUCACUUCACCCCUUCCCAAAAGAACCAGUUGUUUGGUGGCUUCCCAUCUCUGUGGAGUUUUUCCUCCAAGAAGACUGACAUGGCUUUUGAAGGCUUAGUUACAGCCCAUAAGAACUUUAAUUGAAAAUAUGAGGUAUUUUAUAUUAUGGACCUGCUUUCUUUGGCUUCAGUCAAGCCCAUCUGGAAAUAACCCUCAAGAGCUUAUCUGAAAUUGAAUUCAGUUUUUGGGCUGAAAGAGGCUUCCCACCCCUGACUUAAAAGGUGUCAGUAAAACACUGAACCUGGUGACCUCCCUAACAUUCUGUAUUCUAUGAAGCUUAAACAAAUUGAUUCUGGUGCAGGUUUCCAAAUGUCUUGUUUUGCUUUAAACAAAAUAGGGUCUAAAUCUAAUCUGUGACGUUAAGUCCAAUAGAAUGAAAGUGAAGCAUUCCACUGGCAGAAUUUGGGAUCUUGCUUUUCAGAGCACACAAUUCCCAGCUUGUUCUCUGUCUAUGGCCUACAUGCGGGAAAAUGGCUGUGGUCAUUUCCAUUGCACAUUGCACUUAACAGAGAUGGCUAAUCUUAAGAUAAGAUGCUCAUCCAGAACGUGAAGUGACAUAGAAUCUUAGAAUUGUAGAGCUGGAAAGGACCAAGGAGACCAUGAGGUCUAGCUUCCUGCUCAGUGUAGGACUCCAAAUAGAAACAUCCCUAAGGGAUGGCUGUCCAGGGGCUUCUGGAAUCCCUGCAGUGUGGGAGGGACUGAAAACUCCUUUGAUAAUUGGUUCCAUUGCCAUAUUGCUCUGACAGACAGAAAGCUUUCUUGAUGUUCAGCUGGAUGGAGAUGUCUUUCUCCAUCCUUCAACUUCAACUUCAUGGCUAAAAAUGAGUUUUCUUUCCCUCUUUCAUUUCCUGCAAAAACAAGCAAAACAACCCCCCUCCAAAGAAACACCCAUACUUGCACCUGAAUUGGGAAAAGCCCCCCAGAAUGUUUUCAUUUGAUUUGGAAUAUACUGUAAGACUUAGGGAGCAGUCCUGUGGCUCCUCGGCCUCAUCUGAGGAGCUCUAGGAUGUUUUGCAGUCCCAGGGCUGAGGGUGGAGGCAGUGCUCUGACUGCAGAUCGGGGAAUCUUAAGUUAUCCCCUGCCCUGAUUGCUGCUCACGGCGGUGCAGAACCUCUCAGCUGCUCUCUGAGGUUGGGAGAGCAACCUUGGAGGGUGGGCGAAGGGAGUAUUCUAAUGGCCAGGGAGGGGGCAGGUGAUCCUGACUCCUCCCGCCUGGCCUCCUUCCCUCCCUCCUCUGAAACACUCUAGGGGAAAAUGAAGUGUGGGGGAAGGGUAGGCAGAGACCGCCUUUGCUGUUCCUCUCUGUUCCUCUGCCAUAGGAUGGCCACAAACCACGGAGUUCAGGAGCUUAGGGGUACUGCAGUAGUAUUGCACCUCAAGAAUGGAGGGUAGAGGCUGGACAGUAUUUGGACUGUGGCAGCCUGAAGCAGAGACUAAUCUUCAGAUUCCCGUUGGUGAUGGGAAAUGUCUCGCUGGUGCAUUUUAUGAACUACCUGGCCAGGCCAGGUGGGUCUGUGCUGUGCUUAGUUGGCAGCAUCUGGCUGUGGCUGGCAUUGCAGUGAAGAGAGCUGGGCAGCUCCUUUUGUCCCAAGCAUGUUCCCAAAUAUCAUCACUCCUGGGAAGAAUUGAGUUUCCCUUUUUAUUUUACAUGCUGCCCGUCGGGGCAGGAUGCCAGUUCACCCACUAAAGCACAGAAUCAUGGAUGAGUGAAACUCCUGUUUUGGUGUGGGGGCUAGUGAAGUAAGUCUUGCAACUGUUGUGCCACUUCAGAAGCUCAGCUGAAUCACCUGAUCUGUCAGUUUUGAGCUGUUAUUAUUUUGCUUCUAGCACUGGGGCAAUAAUGCAUUGCCUCAUUCUUCUUGCCCCUCUCCCUCUCAAAACUCAGGAAAAGUAGAUCUUGCUUAAAGCUGACCCACACUUUACACAAAAGGAAAUCGCGGGUUGAAGUGGUUGGCCGUACCACUUCAAAAUGCAAGUGGGAGAACUUGGCAUGCCUCUUUAAAAAUACAAAUUCCUUGCACGUAAACUUGAAAAGCAGGGAGUAAGGUUAAGGGUAUUCCUGUCUCUGAUGCAUAACUAAACCAUAUGCAGGAAGGUUCUUUAUGUGGAGUACUAGUAAGAAACAUACCCUUUCCCUCCUUGCCCUUCAGGUCUGGAGAAAGUACUGUAGUCCUGAAUUCAACCUCUUCAGUCUUUCUAAUGCGCAGCCAUGCUAGCAUUGUGCAAGCCCGCCUUUUGUGGCCCUUUACUCAUAUUCAUCUCUCUGACCCCGACAGGGUAGAAUGGGCACUUGGGCGUUCCUGCUUGCUGGUGCCAGUUUUACUGAUUCAUUUAGAUUUAUUUUGCAUGUAACCAUGUUUUUCCCCGCUGCCCGUUUUCCUUGUCCCAGCACUGUGAGUUUGGCACUAGAUUUCAAUCCCAGUAUUAGAGAAGUGGAGAAAAGGGGUGGGAGAGGAUGACACACACAAUAAGCCCAUCCCCGCUUCUGAAAUGCAUUUGAUUUCAGUGGGAAAGUAUUAGACAUGUGCCCAUAUUAGUGGGACUAAGGGCAUUUACACCCAAACUCUGUACAUAUGUAUGCAGAAACAAGUGUUACUGGGUUUGAUGAAUCUUGUUUCCAAAUAUAUGUCCAUGCAGCUUUAGGGUGUUUGUGGCUGGAUCGGAUUUGAAGAUCCCCAAAUCUGGCCAUUUCAUAUUGAUACUCCUGUUGGGUUUUGGCCCGUUUUAUUUUAACUGGCUUGAAAAACUAUGUGUUUGUAGUCUCAGGAUUUUAGAGGAAGGGACCUUGUGCUUCCUUGUUCUUUGUUCCAAUUUGUCCUCAACAGGCAUGAGUGGGAUCUUACAGUUUCUUUCCUUUUCGGUACAGUGCACAGUAGAUUCCAGUUAAGGGGGAAAGGGCUGAAUAUAUAAAACCAGUAGAUAGAAAAGAGAGAACUUGAAAUCCCUCUUGAAUGGCAGAGGGAAUUAGCCCAAAGCCUGGUUAGUUUUAUGCUAAAAUUUGAUGGGCUUCAAUUUAUAACAGUACAUCUCCAUUCAGAAAUACAUGUGGGUUUUAAUUGUUACAGGAGCUACUGAGAUUGCAGGUUGGUCUCUUUUUCACAGGCCCAUGGGAUGUUUCCAGCAUAGGCCUGGAUGAUGAUUACAGUGUCUGGCAGAAGGUCUGGGGGAGGGCAGAGGAAAAUAAAAUGUUUAUGAGGCUGUCACAUUGGCCAGUAAAUUGAUAUAUGCUGCUACUAAUCUGUGUAUUCAUGUAUUUAUUUUGAUUAUGCUGACCAAGCUCAGAAAAAAAUGGCUUUAUCCUAGAUGUUUCAUUUUAAGGUUUAUUUUCUUAACCUUGAAGACAUCAAUUUCUUUGUUUUUAAAAUUCAAGUUAUGUUACGUAUUUAUUAAGCUUCUGAAAAUACGUGUUUCUUUCUGGCCCUACUGUGUGUGUGUGUCUUUUCUUGUUUUCUUUCAACAUAAAACAAGUGCUUCAGCCAGCAGAACCUUGGAGGACAUGAACAUGUGGAAAUGUCAACAAAGCAUUCCAGCAACAUUAGUCUGUCAUUCAAGGCACCGGGGAUGCUGGUGUUUGUGAUGGAGGGUUACUUGUAGCUUCAUCCUCCUGGGAAAUAGUAGUGCAAUCCUGUUCUGACAUCACUGUUUCCAUGGGUAAUUCAUUACUUCCCCUUCCGUCUUGCAAUCGCCUCCCCUGCCUUUGUCUUAAGUGAUGCUCUCUCAAACCUGAGCAUGAUAAAGCCAUUUUCUGCCACUUACAAGAUCAAUAUGCAGUGUCUGUAGAAUUUGCACAGCAUUAAAAUAAAACGUGUACUGUUUGGAUUGUAGUGGACGUUAAAUGCCAUAUUGUGUUAAAAUCUGACAAAAGACACAAGGGUGAGUCUGCAUUUCAAGCUACCGCACUGAUUUUACUAUCGGAAGGCCCACUUCUUUCUUUGGCUGCUUGGUGGUUUGUUCUCACAUGUAUAUACAUUGUCGGGUUUUUGCGCCUUGUGUGAACUGUGUCUGCUGAAAAAACUGUGUGUUUAACCUGAUGUUGGGCAUUAUGAAAGUUCUCUCUGUCAUGAUUUGUGUGUGAUGAACUCAUCAUGUGAUCAUUUAAUACUGGAGUCAAAAUGAUGAACUUGUUGUGUGUAGGGCCUCUAAGUCCAAUUAUGUUGUGGGCUGAGACAAAGGUAGCUUAUGUUGGGGUUUAAUUAUGACAGGCUUGGUUACUCUAAUAUAAGCAACAGCAGAAGUAUUGAUGGCCAUACUAAAUGCCUCCCCGCUCAUCACUGUCCUAACCAAAAACUUGGCCUACAAUCUAGGAUUUUCUCUUUUUAAAAAGGUGUUACCUUUUUCUACCCAAGACAUUGUCCUAUCAUCUUUUAUUUCAGAGUUUAGUUGUAUGUGGGAAACUAUUUUAUUACAUAUCUAUACCUGUUCUGUUGCAUUUAUCUUACUAUUUGGCCAAAUGUUGAGUAGGGUGGAUACAGGUAGAUAUUUACCAAGUAAUAACACAAUGUGAGUGUAGCCACUUAGUUAACCACAUUCAUUUUACUUUAUUAACAGAUUAUAUAUGUUACUUUUAAAGGUGGAACCUCUCGAAGGCAGCCUUGAAAUACCAUAACGUUUCAACACCAUAACACAAUAAGAACAAGUGCUAAAACAAACUAUUCAAAAUUCUAGUCCAAAAAAAUACUAAAACCAGUAAACCAAGGUGAUAAAACAGUAGUAUGUUAUAAUUCUGGUUGGCUUUUUAUCCACUGAUGGUAACUUCCUGUUUAAGUGUUAGCUUUAAGGAUCUAUUGAACUGAGCUCCAGCCCACAAAAGUUUAUUCCACAAUAAAUGUCUUAGUCUUUGGAUGGUUCCAGACAAAGCAUAUUGUGCAUUUCUUUGCCUCGGUCAUGGGGCGUGUGUGUUGCUGAUGAGAUUGUCUUAUUUUCUGCCUUCCAGUGUUUCCCCACCGCUUCUUCCUACCAUUUUUUUGUACAGAAGAAAUUCUGUUAAAGAGAAAAGGGCAGAAUAGCUACGUGAUGCCUUCUGACUGCCAGUAUUAGGACACGGGUUCCCGACACAGCACCUGAAGGUCCCAGGGCACCCAUGGGGACCUCUGGUGCGGCCUGCAAAGCUCUUCCCUUCCAGCCCACUUCACAAAAAUAGUUUAAGGAAAACCCCAGAAAGGGCAAUCCUCUUUCUUUCACUUUCUAGCCUUGCUCUUUCUCUCCCUUCCCCUCUCUAGCCAGUUUUGACCAGUCAAGCAUCUGUGGCAGUCAUGUGGGACUAGCUACAUUCUGUACAGGUGCCAUUUUGUAGUGAACCCACCACAGUUUCUCAGAUUCCCUUAUGUGCCCAUGAAAAGUUUGCCCCCCCCCCACCGCAGUAAGGGCCCUGCGUCUGAAAGUAUCCUUCAAAGUGCUGUCUGUCUGUAUGCUGCAAAAGAGGAACAAGCUAUUCUGAAAUCGGCCAUUGUUAAAUAUAUGUAUUAUCCUGCCCAGUGAUAGAAAGACUUCCAUCACAUAUCGCUUUGGAUCCUGUUUUUGACACGUUUUUGAAGGUGACCUCUCACUUUCAAUUAUAGAAGCGUUGUGGUGAGAUUAGGAGGGUCAGGGAUCCAAAUUAUAAUGAGCUUGAAAAUUCUGUAUUUUUAAAGUUGGUAUGAAUAUGAGGCAGGGUUCUGAGGGAGAGUUGGAGAGAAAUAGGAGUGAAAACUGCAAUUUUCCAAAGAGGAUUCUUCUAGUUUUCCUCCCUCUCAUGACAGUCUUUAAAAGCUCUGUUAGCAAAAUAAUUUAAAAUAUAGUAUCCUCCCCACCAUUUCUCCUUUACAUCAUGAUGGAGAGAAUUUACUCAAACACAUAUUCUUUUACCUGUAUAAAUACACUGUGAAAACAAAAGAAGUGCUGCUUAGAAAUAAAUAGAAGAUCUGUUUUGUGUUGGUUUUGCCCCAGCAAAGGUGACUGCUCCUUCUCCGUGCUGGUACCACUGUGUUUGUGGUCUUUUUGCUUCUUUUUAAUGUCCAUUUCUUUUCGUCUUGCAGUGAAUGAGACUGUUACAACAGUUUUCUAAUGAUGCCUUUUUCACAUGUAUGUCUUCAUGUCUGUUUCCAUGCACAAGGACACUUUGGAUGAGAAGAAAAACCUUUGGUCACUGUGAUGGAAAACCAUUUAAAUGCAGAAAUAAUUUGUUCCUGGCAAAGUCUGUGCGUUUCAAGAGCAAAAACCAGCUGCUCUUGCUUGCUAGUGAAAACAUAUAGCUUGAUGAUAAAAAAGAAAAAAAUAAAUCCCUCUUUUCCAUCCCCCUUCUAUGUGUUUACAUAAAGACUUUUCAUGUUUUAAAUUUAUAUUAGCUGCCUUCUACUAUAAGUUAAGACACAACUGGCAUCUUUGCUGGGACUGGCAGCAAAUCAUGGGUUGUUUAAACCAAGAUGUGCUGUGGUACAUGCUGGAUAUGCUCCAUGGCCAUUUUGGAUAUUCAGCCUCUACCUGGACUGAUCAGAGGUGGCUAUGUGAUGUCCAAACACAGACACUAUAGGUUAAAUCAUGGCUUAAGCAACCCACAGUUAUUCUAAGUACUAAUUUGCUCUGUAGCAAUGUUGGAUUAAUUAACUUACAGUUUGCUACCAUUAUGUGCUACCAGGUUAAUUUAGCCCUCAUGUAUUGUAGAUAAAUAACUGCACAAGUCUCUUGUGUCUGGACUAUGCCACUUCAAAAUCAGGUUUACUUAACAAUACUGCCACACAGAAACAUUCUCUGUGCUUGGAGAACUAAGAUUUUGGAGAAGUACCGUAUAUCCCCAUGAAGUCGCGGUUUGGCAUUCGUGGCUUCAAUCUUUUGCGGGAUUUUUCUCCAAGUUAGUCCAAGCCGAUCUCCUUUCUAGCAAGCCGGUGCCUCGCUGUGUGGGGGCUUACUCGCAAGGAGAUCAUUUCCUCCGAGUUUGGACUCGCUUGGAGAAAACAAUCUGUGCGUGCCCGCUCUUGCCCCUGCCUCGCCACGCAAGCACGCCCGCCGCCCAGCCCGGCCCGCAAUUUGUUAUUGUUUUAUAUAGUAGCAUUCAUUUACAUGAGAAAAUAAGUCUGCAUUAUUGAAAGGACAGAACAAGAAAAAAUGGACUGAAUGUAAGUCAAGGGGGUUCUUAGAUUUGCAGUAUGUGCCAACUUAAGCCUCUACAUAUGAAAGUCUUAAAUGAGGAUAGUGACAGAUAAUGGUUUUCUGAAGGAAGGAUUGCUGCUUGUAUACUGCUUGCAUAUUAAUCUCUUUUUCAGGUUUUGCACCAAAUUCGCAGUUUUUCACAAUUUACGGGUGCUUCAGAAACGUAAACCCCGUGAAUUUCGGGGGUCUACUGUAUUCUCAGUUUAUUCCAGAUAUGCUAGUUUUCUGUAUAUUCUUUCUCUCAGAGAGAUAGAAGCAUAUAUAUAAGUUUCCUUCUGCAGUGGUACUGUCCAAAAGAUUGCUGUUUUUGCUGUUUAGGAGAAUUGGGCGUUAGGGUUUCUCAGUAUGGCAUAAGGUUUCAGAAGGCACAACCCUGCAGAGAACCUAAAACCCUGGAGUGGUCAUUUAUGCAUUAACAAAAAGUAAAAAAAGAACACCAUUUGCAUUGCAUUUGUGUAUGCAAUUCCGUUUAUAGCUAUACAUCCAAAUAUAGGUGCAAACUUAGAAAUAAAUUAAGUAGAAAUAAAAUAUAUCUCACUUUAGUAGAGAAGGCUGAAGAGGUGACACAUACCUGCUCCCCAGUGCUGUUAAUGCCUCUGAGCUUUCCCUUCUGACUUGGGCUGGAUAUCCCACCAAAGAGAGGGACACCUUCUGCCAGCAGUCCAAAAGAGAACUGUCCUCUGUAAAGUAGGCCUGGUCACCCAGCAAUCUUCCCCAGCCUCUGGAUAUGUUGGGCUGCAACCCCCAGCAUUCCUAGUCCACAUGGAGUCCAAUAUAUCUGGAAGGCAUCAGGUUGGGGAAGGUUGCUGUAGGGUAAUGGGUGUAGGGGUGUGAGAAAUCUGCCUUAUGGUGGGAAUCAACCAGAUUCCCCUACUUUGGCUCGCUGGACUAUCCCUUGCUCGCAGCCCUAAGUCCGACUUGGUACCCAGCACUCAUCUGUAAUUGAGUCCGUAUGAACACUGUGCAAGCAGAGCUGCUCUUCCGUGCAUGUGACUUACGGGUUUUGCAUGAGAUUCAGGGUUGUGCAAGAGAUGUUUCACUAGUGUUUGUGAGCAUUUCUGUACUUCGUCUCAGCUCGGCUCACUUCCUAAGUCAAGGCUGAGCACGAGAAAGAAGUCUGAUGAGCAGAAGAGAGCUGAAUUCUGCAGGAUCAUUACAACCCUAAUUGGGUGUUUUAUGAUUUUUAAUAUGGUUUAUUUUGCCUCCUUGGCUUCCAGAGCCUUAUAGUCCAAAUAAAUGUGGAUGGGAAAUAUCCCUUCUCCAAAUUGUAUACCUCUUUGGAACUGCCUGUUAAUUGUCAAGACUAGUACCCCAAACAGUGGGGAAAGGCUGCAGGGAACUAGUCGAAUGAAUUUUAUUGUGGAAAUCUGCAUUUUGACACAUGAAAUGCUUAUGAAUCUGUUUUACUUUGGGCCACAACAACAGAAAUGGAAUUGGUUUUCUUCUGUGGGGUGUGUGUGCAUGUGUGUGAGCGUGAUCUGUACUGCGUGCAAAUUGUGAGGGAAAAGUCGGCUACGGCCUUCUUGUCAAGCUGGGCUUUGAAUCUUGUAUUGCUCUCCUUUUCUUAAAAAUUGCACUGAAUUCUGCAACUGGAUAACUUUCUCUAUUCUUCAAUAAACCAUCCUGUGCUCGA